AACAAAUAAUAUAGCUUAAUUUAAAAAAUCUGUUAUAAAUAACUGUCAGAAUCAGUUUUAUUGGUCAGGUAUACUUCGAAGGGAUGGGACUGCUAAUCUCUAGUCUAUUAGGCACGGAAGGUGUUUUUAAGGAUGGAGAGUUUAAAAAGCCUUCACUUAUUGUCUUAAUUGCAUUUAAAAUGACGUCUGUAUUUAAAACGAGUACUAUGUCCAUUAAUAACUGUGACUCUCUACCCCUGUGUAUGACAACGUUAGGAACUAGGCCCUGCCACAUGCGCCCUAGGCUUCGCACGGAUACGCUAAACGGCCAGGUGCAACGCCUGUCUUUUGUCUCAAGUCGCAACAAACUGAUAAUUGUGACCAGACUGACUUAGAUAGUGAUUUCCCACAAAAGGGAAUCUAAUUAUUUUUCUUUCUUUUACACAUUAGUAGUCUAUUGCCUCUCAUUCGCACGUCAGUGACAACGAACGACAGCCCCAGGAAAGGUCGCUGCUUGGCACUUAACUUUUCUUUGAACUGUUGCCGUAACUGUGAACUCGUAAAAUCUCAGGACGUUUCCAGGCGGUAUAUAGGAUUCCGCGGCUCCAAUGGGACUUAGUCUUUGAUUGAGGGCGAUAUGGAGGGUCAGCCGAGCACUCAAAUUAUGAUGGGACCGAAUCUGGAGGCGAUUACAGCCAAGUUGCUGACCCAAUGGGACUGGAGAAACGACGAGGCUUUUGCACAUGAACAGGGGACCGUGCACAGUGCUUCCUCGUCACCAAAUUCGUCACUGGAUUCUAUGUGCUCCUCUCCGGAGAUGCCUGGAAAUACCAACGCGUGCCAACCCUACGCCUCCCUCCCGUAUUCCCUGGCGGAACACAGCCCUACUCGGCGCACCUCGCAUAAAGGAUCCAAGUCCAAGAUGUCCACAAAAAGGCGCAUCAAAGCGAGUGAGAGAGAGAAGAUGCGGAUGAGAAGUCUGGCAGAGGCUUUGCAUCACCUCCGUGACUUUCUCCCACCUGAUUACAACCGUAGAGGACAGCCAUUGACCAAAAUCCAGACGCUGAAGUACACCAUUGAGUAUAUAAAAGAACUUUCAGACAUCCUCAACCAUUCAUAAGCCUAUUUUGUUCUCUCACUGGAACUUUUUUGGAAGAUACCCGCCUGUGCGUAAUUCCGUGCGCUCCGGUCUGGUAGCGCUCGGACUGACUUCAGAUCGCAACGACCUCCACAGAUUGUUGAUUUUUAAUGCGCUGGGUUUGUUGUAUGGACAUUUUAGUGGAUACGGUGCCAGUUAUGUUGUAUAAAUUUAUUUCGCUGGAUAUCAUCCAUGCCUUGAUUGUAAAUAAUAAUGUUUUAUUUGGCACUUGAAGAUGUGUCAGUUGUUUGUAGAUUUUUAUUAUUUCAAUUGGUAUUACUCCUUGUUAAUUAAAAGUAUUUUUAAUCGUC